GUAUGGCAGUCUGCAUCUGGCUGUGGUUCGGGAAGGAGCUUCGCCACUCUCUUCCUGAGUGCUGUGCUAGUGAGUGUGGCAGACUGGACCAUAGCCACAGCAUCAGUGCAUCAUCACCUGACACAGCGAGGAUUAAAUCCACAGUUCCAUUUUGAUUCUGGUGUUGAGAGCUUAAGUCUCUUUCCUCAGAAAGCUUCGUGUUAAAAGCUCUAAGGUGUCUCGCGGAGAAUGACUGCUUGAUCAUCGGCAGGAGCAAUCGUCAAGGCGAGCGGCAGCGGACCGACGUCAGCAAAAGUCAGCAGAAAAGCAAGAGAGGGAGAGAGAGGAGCGGGAAAAUUCGUGUCCUGCCUCCACCCCCGUCAACGUAUCCUGAAUCGUCAGCAGGCCCAUUUUUUUUCUCUCCAUUUCUUCAUGUGUUGCCCCGUUCGCUGAUCCCGCCGCCAUGAAGAUCACAUAUUUACUCGGAUUAUGUUUAUUAUUCCUGUUUGUGAUAGUAUGUCCAGGGGGAGGCGAUGCUCAGCGCCACGCUCAGCGUCAAGGCGGCGUGGUCUACAGUCGAUCCUACGUCCCGUCUACUGACAAACGGAACAGGGGUCGCUCUCGCCAGUCCUCCUCCUAUUCCUCAUCCACUUACACUUCCUCUUCCUCCUCCUCCUCUUCGCGUACCGGUCCCGACGGGGUGACGCGCGUGACGACGAGUGGCAGCUCGUACGGCAGCCCCGGGUCGGGGGUACAAAACACAUCUUACACUUACACGACCGUCGGCCGAGAGGACGCACGACCUUCCUCCUCUCCUUCCGCCUCCUCCACCUCGGAUAGGGCUGUUUUGACUGCGGUCACUACCAGCAGGACCUCCUCUACCUCAUCUUCCAAGUCGCGCUCACGCGGAGGCAAAGGAAGAGGCAGAGGGAGAGAUAGAGAGAGGGAAAGAGAAAGAGAAAGAGGAGAGUCGAGGCGGGAAGGGCAGGAGGGUGAUGACCAGACGCCCGUAGUUGACGAGUCCUAUUUCGAGCGGCGUGGCCAGUCCCAAUACGGCCAGGGCCACUUUCGCUGGAAUGGGCGCGAGUACACGGGCGUGGGUCAUCCGGGUUCGUCGAUCUCGAGGCGUGUCAAGACCUCUAAGACUACCACCACCACCACGAGUCAGGCACGACCAGGCACCUCUGUCACGUACACCUACACAGUUCCUGGGGGGUCGAGUGUGACCACGUACAGGAACACCACCACGUACACCUCCCAUGUCCCAGGCUACUCAACAUCGGAGGCCCAGGGCGGCUUCGACUCUCGCUUCGGCGCCACCGACUACGGCUCGCGGGGCUCGACCAACGUCGACUCGCGCUACGAGAGCUCCUACAAUCGCCGCUACAACUACGGCGGUAGCGUCACCGGCAGUAGUGGCAGCAGCAGCAGGGGCGGGAGCGGCAGAGGCAGCGUCGGGUUCGGCGAGACCUACCACAAGAACACCGAAGAAGAGCUCACUUUCGACUACGAAGAGGAGGAGUACGACCCUACCUUCGAGCGGGGUCCAGUUAUCUCGCUGGAGGAUCGAACUCACCCUCUCGUUGUGCGUGGAUUCGGAGUAGCUCCAGGUAGGGCGGGUCUUCUUUACCGAGUGUCCCCUCCCUUCAUCGCCUCGGCCAUAACCCCAGCGAGCUAUAACCCCCUCCUCCCCUCUCCUCCAAAUGCUAACCUUAAUUUGGUGUGGGCUAACCUCCAUGAACCCCUUUGUAACCAGGAACCCCCAUCUUCCAACGUUCGGUGCGAGUUUCCCGGAGCCAUCGGUAUUACCCGGCGGAUAUAUGAAUAUAUCUUCGAAGAUCUCGUCUUUCUUGAAGAUCCUUUGGUCACAGUCAGCCUCUUCUUAGUGUUCGAACGGCGGGUUGGAAGGUGUCAGGGGCAGGUGGCAGCCAUCACGUCUGGUGCGAGUGUAUGGCGGUGGAGGCGGCAGCGGCGGCGGCGGCGCUAUUCCCGAGGGCGUGGACUCGAGGGCUAUGAGCGCCACGCCCUUCGCCGCCCGCCGCAUGGUUGGAACAGGAGGCUCCGCAUCACCGCUAUAUUGGGACAAGAGCAGACUUCGCCCAGUCCCCUCCUCCUCAGUCCUGACACCCUGACGUCGGGGUCCCUGCAGCCCCCUCCCUCGGCCCUUGUGGCUCAGGGUCUUCCCUCUAUAUAUCUGUAUCUGGCUAAUGAUGUGGUCACGCCAGCUUCUGUUGAUUCCCUUGCAGGCGCGUCAAACCAGGUUGCUUUGGUAAGUGCACCCACGCUGUACUGCCAUGGACCAAGGGUAUGUAACACACACUUUGGUCACCCAGGGGCCCUUGAAAUGCCUGUUAUCGCGCCCUUAUACUCACCCUCGCCCAUUCGUAGCAUGGGCACUGUAGAUAAAUACGAUGGCAUCGCAGCUUGUGUUUUGCAUGUAAUCAUUAAAGCGGGCUCGGUCGGAUGUCUCUCAGCUGGUCACACUGACAGCUGGCUUGUCGGCCUUCUUAUUCCCGUCGCCCCAGCUAGUGUCUCUUCCAAAUACUCAACCUCUUUCACGAGACGAAGGUCAUGGUGGCAGAGUGAGAACGGGAAGGAAGACAGCAGUGUCCGCCUCGAUUUGGAAGCAGAAUUCCACUUCACACAUCUUAUCAUUACAUUCAGAACCUUCCGUCCAUCUGCUAUGCUUAUUGAGAGGUCCUUUGAUUUUGGUAAAACGUGGAAGGUUUAUAGAUACUUUGCAUAUGACUGUAAUGAAGCCUUCCCAGGCAUUCCAACUGGCCCACCUUCAGCAAUCAAUGAUGUUGUUUGUGAAUCACGUUACUCAGCAGUCGAGCCAUCUACAGAGGGAGAGGUUAUCUUCCGAGUUUUGGCACCAAAUAUUGAGAUUGAAAAUCCAUACAGUGAAGAUGUUCAAAAUCUCUUGAAGAUAACGAACUUGCGUGUGAACUUCACAAAACUUCACACACUUGGUGAUCAAUUACUGGACAACAGACGGGAGAUUAAGGAGAAAUAUUACUAUGCCAUUUAUGAAAUGGUUGUAAGAGGUUCCUGUUCCUGCUAUGGCCAUGCUUCCCGCUGCUUACCCCUGCCAGGUGUUGAAGAUCGCCCUGAUAUGGUCCAUGGACGCUGUGAGUGCACUCAUAACACAAAGGGUUUGAACUGUGAAGAGUGCGAGGACUUCUACAAUGAUCUGCCAUGGAGACCAGCCAUUGAAAAGGAAUCCAAUGCUUGUAAAAAGUGUAACUGUAAUAACCAUGCCACGAGAUGCCACUUUGACCCAGAUGUAUAUGAGGUCUCCGGACGCAUAUCAGGAGGUGUCUGUGAUGACUGUGCACACAACACUUAUGGCCGUAACUGUGAGCAGUGUAUCCCAUACUAUUAUCAGGAUCCUGCCAGAGACAUCCGAGAUGCUGAUAUUUGCCAACCCUGUAACUGCGACACUCGCGGUUCAAUAGACGAUGCCAUUUGCGACUCCCACACUGAUGUUCCUGCUGGAUUGCUAGCUGGAAGAUGUCACUGCAAGACCAACGUUGAUGGCCUCAAGUGUGACCGUUGCAAGGCUGGUUACUGGAAUUUCACUACCGAUAAUCCAGAGGGUUGUCAAGAAAUUGCAGAAGAUUAUAAAAACCAGCCAAGAUCAGAGUGGCCUCAGAAACCCUGUACCUGCCAUCUUCUGGGAACACUCAACAAUGCUGGCUGUAAUGUCCUGACUGGAGAAUGUUCCUGCAAGCGAUUUGUGACUGGACGUGACUGUAACCAGUGUUUGCCCCAGCACUAUGGCCUGUCUGAGCACCCAGAUGGAUGCCAGCCUUGUGACUGUGAUCGAGGCGGUUCUCUUGAUAACAACUGCGAUGUGCUCAGUGGCCAAUGCAAGUGUCGGCCACAUGUCACGGGUCGUCGCUGUGACACACCAGAAGAGGGCUAUUACGUUGCCAGUCUGAAUUACCUUACAUACGAAGCAGAACUUGCAAGGGGAUCUGAGCUUUAUUGUGAAGAGGCCAGUUUAUAUGACUUCAGGCAAUCCAGACUAAGUAACUGCCAAGUAGUGAUGAGGGAGCCCUACCGCGAUGGACGUGACACGACUUGGACAGGCCUUGGCUUCAUGCGUGUUUUCGAGGGGUCAUACUUGGAGUUUGAGAUUGAGAACAUUGAAACUAGCAUGGAGUACGACCUUGUUAUCCGCUAUGAGCCCCAGUUCCAAGGUGUUUGGGAGAAUGUGAUGGUAACCAUUGAACGACCAGAACCCAUUGACCCAACAGGUUCCUGUGGAAAUACUAGACCAACGGAUGACCAGAUGGUUGUCAAUCUUCCAGGCAAUAAUCGUCAUGUGACACUCUUCCCACCUGUGUGUCUUGAGGCUGGCAAGAGAUACAAAGUCCGGAUAGAUUUCAGGCGUUCCAAUGCCAACACAGAUUCUCCAUCUGCUUCCAUACUUGUGGAUUCUAUCAUGCUGAUUCCAAAGGCUGAGAGGCUACCCUUCUACUCUGGCUCAUUAGAACUUGAUGACCUGCGAAACGAGUAUGAGAGAUAUCGGUGCAGCGAGGGCUUCUAUGAUGGCCAGAGAGUUGAGAACAUUCCAGAAAUUUGCCGAGAUAAGCAUCUUGGCAGUAUUGGCUUUUAUGUCUAUGGUCAAGCAUUCUCUUGUCAGUGUGAUGGCACUGGCAGUUACAGCAGCAUAUGUAGCUCUAUGGGAGGUCAGUGUGACUGCAAACCAAAUGUUGUUGGACGGCGCUGUGAUAGAUGUGCACCAGGAACAUUUGGCUUUGGCCCAGAGGGUUGCAAGCCUUGUGAUUGCAGCCCAGUUGGAGCCUUGGACAAUUUCUGUGAUCAGCAGACUGGCCAAUGCAAGUGUCGCCCGAACACCUAUGGCCGACAGUGCAACGAGUGCCAGCCAGGUUUUUGGAACUUCCCUAAUUGUCAACGGUGCGAGUGUAAUGGCCAUGCUGACACCUGUGACUCCUACAGUGGAAUUUGCCAUGAGUGCCGUGAUAACACCACUGGUCCAAACUGUGCUUUGUGCAUUGAAGGCUUUUAUGGAGAUCCUCGUCUGGAAGUGGGUAUUGCCUGUCGCCCAUGUCCAUGCCCAGGCACAGUGGACUCUGGACAUAGUUUUGCUGACCGAUGUGCACUUGAUCCACGUACUAAGGAUGUUGUAUGUGAAUGUGCUGAUGGAUAUGCUGGCUCAAGGUGUGAUGUAUGUGCGGAUAACUACUUUGGAAACCCUGAAGUGCCUGGAGGUCAGUGCGAAUCCUGUGAUUGCAGUAAUAACAUUGACAUUUCUCGUCCUGGAAAUUGUGAUUCCCGCACUGGGGAGUGCGUACAAUGUCUCUUCAAUACCUUCGGCUUCAACUGUGAGCGAUGCCGCCCAGGAUUCUAUGGGGAUGCACUUAAUCAGCAGUGCAGAGAAUGUGUCUGCAAUAUCCUUGGCACCAACCAGACCAUUGAGUUCUGCGACCAUGAGACUGGCCAAUGCCCCUGCCUUCCUAAUGUGCUUGGACUGGAAUGUGACCGCUGUGCUGCAAAUCACUGGAAGAUUGCAUCAGGCAAUGGCUGUGAAUCCUGUGCAUGUGACCCUGUGGGUUCCUACUCAGAGCAGUGUAAUGAGUUUGAUGGGCAGUGUCAGUGUCGACCUGGAUUUGGUGGACGGCAGUGCAAUCAGUGCCAAACAAAUUUCUUUGGCAAUCCACGUGUUGAAUGCCUGCCUUGUAACUGCAACCCAGAAGGCUCAGAGACUCUCCAGUGUGAUCAUGAGACAGGGCACUGCAAGUGUCGAGAGGGCAUCGGGGGCGUGAAGUGUGAUGAGUGUGCCCGAGGAUUCACCGGCAGAGCACCAUACUGUCAGACAUGUGGGGAGUGCUUCGACAACUGGGACCUUAUUUUGAACGAUUUACGAGACCGCACAGAAGCCCUGAUUGCAGCUGCUGGACAGAUCAAGCAGACAGGAGCAACUGGUGCAUACAGUCAUGAGUUUGAGUCAAUGGAGGAGAAGAUUGCAGAUGUACAGAACAUUUUGCUAACUGCCAACCUAACAUCACAGAAUCUUGCCUCCCUCUCAAGCCUCAUUUCUGAGUUAACUGACAACCUAACUGUAGCUGCAUCAGAACUUCAAGACCUGGAGCAUGGUGUGGAUAACACUACACAGCGCAUUUCUUUGGCAACAAAUGCCCUGGCAGAUCUUAGAUUGCAAGCAGAGGAGCUGAAGAAUCAAGCAGGAGACCUUAAAGAAAAAGCUACUAAGUUGCAAGAAGCUAAUGUUGAAGGUGCUCUCAACCUCACCAGGGUGGCUGGAGAAAGGUCACGAGUUGCCCAAGAGAAGGUUGAGCUCACUCAAGUCAUUGUUGGGGAGUCAAGGCGCUCUCGCCGCAGGACUGAAAAUCUUCUUCUGCAUGCCUUAGAUCGUUUCAACCGUACGCAGAUUGGAAAUGAAGAGAACUUAGCAGAAAUGACAGAUGUGCUGGAUGAAAUGUAUCGAGGCAUCCCAGAUCUUAAUAAGCAGGUGUGUGAUCGACGGGGUGAUCCUUGUGAUUCCUACUGUGGUGGAGCUGGCUGUGGAAAGUGCGGAGGGCUCUCAUGUAACAAUGGUCUCGUAAACACCGCUGAGCUUGCCCUCAAGUUUGCAGAUGAUGCCAAGGAAAUGCUGAAGAAGAAGGAGGCCUCAGUUGAUGAGCUGUUACGAGGCAUUUCUGGGGCUAAAAGGCAGUCUGAUAUAGCCUCAGACUUGGCUCUGAUGGCCUAUGACCUGGCCUUCAGCUCCCGUAACUUAACAGAUUCAUACAAAGCAAGAAUUACCAAGCUUUUGGAAGAAAUCGAGGAGUACUUUAGCACACCUGGUGCAAAACCCCAGGAAAUCAGGGAUCUAGCUGAAGAGGUCUUGAGCAUCGUUAUCUCCUUGGAACCAGAACAGAUUACAGACCUGGCAGAGAAGAUUACACUUGCCAUUGAGACUCUAACAAACAUUAAUGCAAUUAUUGAUGCAACCAGGAAUGAUCUGGACCUUGCAAUACAGUUGAAAGAAAGAGCUGACAGAGCCAAGGUUAAGGCUGAAGGAACACUGGGUGUAGCAGAGCGUGUUGUAGAAGCCCUCACUGAAGCAACCGCAGCACAGGAUGCUGCAGAACAAGCUAUCAUGCAGGCUAGUGAUGACAUUGAUGCCACACAGACUCAUCUUACCCAGAUUGCUAGUGAGACCAGUGUAGCUCAGGCCAAAGCUAAUUCCUCACUAAGGGAUGUACAGGACCUAGAAAGCAGAGUUGAGAGUGUAAAGUUGCAGUAUAUCAUCAAUCAACAACAUCUUGAAGAUACGACUGCUGCUGUCAACCAGGCAGAUCUCAAAGCACAGCGAGCAGCCAAUGAUGCAAAACAGCUGGAAGAUAAAUACUUGAUUGUAGAGGAAAAGCUACAGAUCAAGUUCCAAGCAGCUGAAGAAGCCAGACGAAGGGCAGAAGAACUUCGAAAGAGAGCAAACAAAUUGGCAUCAGAAGCUCAAGUCAAGCUAAGUAUGCUGAAGGAGAUGGAGGUAAUAUUUGUGAAGAAUGAGAUAAUUCUUGAAGACUAUGAAGAAGAAAUUCGCAAAAUGGAAGUGAGCAUGGAGGAGCACCAUGAAUACAUAUCAAGGAAGACAGAAUUCUAUGCUACCUGUCAGUCUGGGAGACGCUGAUCUGAUUCUCAAGAGAAACCAUGUUCUGUCAGGCUCAUUGUUGAUACCAUACAAAGUCAUUCAUGUUUUAUAAUUUCUCCUUGUUUAGAAUUCUGUGAAAUACAGUAAGAAAAACUAAGAAAAUUUGAUUUUUUAUGUUAUGAAAGAUUACAGAUGUAAUGACUUUACUACAAUUUCAAAAAGGCUUCAGUAACAAUUUUUUAUCAGCUUAUGGAGCAAGAGACUUAAAUGUUCUUGAUACUGAUGAUGCCUAGAAACACUGUUAUUUAUUACCAGAUACUGCACUUCAUAAUUCCUGAAAUGAAAACUAAGGAAGCCCUUUACACUGAGAUGUACAGUCAGGGAUAUUGAAUGAAUAUAAAUUGGUUGUAUACCUGUGACUUGUGUUUAUUUGUACUUUUUAAAAUAUUUUUUCUUCCUUUUUUUGUGUGUAUAACACUAUCUUUCAGUUGUUGAACUGAAAAUGAUUUUUAAAAGGUAUUUGUGUAAAGUUGAUAGAACAAAACCGAUAAAUAUAAACAUUGUCAAUUUCAUUUUUGGUUUCUGAUAAUUAUUAAUACAGUAUUUCAACUUUUUUG